AUGGGCGUCGGAAGCUAUACCAACGCGGCUCUCAGCCAGCCUGUCAUCGCCCUAGGUAUAUCGGGUCUCAGUCUAUUACUUCUUGUUAUCGUCCUACUCUCGGUACCGGGGCCCGUCGAGAGCCUCUACUGGUUCGAGAUGGACUCUCCAACUGGCGAAGGCGCGGUACUCAAGACGGGAGUCAAUGGGUGGUGCUGGGCUGGAACCAGCAACUGCACCUAUGCCGCUUUGAGCGAAAAUCCCUACCUAGACCAAAUAUUCGACGUCGGUUCCGCCAUUACGGUCAAAACCCUGGUCCCCUUGUCCUGUUACUGGACGAUCAUCGCCGUCGUCUUCUGGGCAGUCUUGACGGUGACCGCGCCUGCAGGCUACAGGGUCAUCGGCACAGAGCACCUGGCGCGACAUCUCUAUUUCAACAUAAUCGAGGUGGCCGUGCUGUGCAUGCAACUGUUCGGCUGCAUCCUCGCAUGGCUCGCGUUUGGCUCAACGCACAACUCGUUCUCCACCUUGAAACGCAGCAGUGUGGAGAUUCGGGCUGGCAAUGCGAUGUCGACCAUCGCGGUCGCCGCAACGAUCUCGAUGCUAGGCUUUGGCCUGGGCGCAUACGGUAUCCAUCGACGUAUCAAAGAGGCCGACCGGGUGUGGAAGGAGGAAAACUACCACGCCAACCUGGUGAACAUGCCUCAACCUGAGCUUCCCGGCAGAGGGAUCGAGAACCGCCCGGGGUCCGGAAUCAUUGGCCAAUUCCGCGCUUCACGCGUGUCGUCGUACGCCGAACAAGACCCGCAGCAGAUCAAGGCAAGGUUGUCCGACUACUCCGAAGCCCAGAGAGAAAAGGGUUCCAUGCAAUUCGGUACGCGGACCGCUCAAGGUCGAACCAUGUCGGAAAAUCCCGCAGUCGUAAUCGUCGAUGAGAGAGGCGAAGAAAGCCUGAUCAGCGAUCAAGGACAGCAUGACAAGCUCGACGAGGAAUAUGCUCACCAGGUCAGAAGGAUGAGCCUAUCUGAAGCUGGCCCCUACACCGCGGCAACCAAGCCUCCUGCAGCUGCUUAG